UCUCUCUCAUAUCCAUUUAUCUCUCUCUCUAUUUGGGUCUUCGUUUUUCUGCUCUUUAUUCUUCGUUCACCCUUUGAUCUCUAAUGCUACAAAGCUCCGACAUUGGCACGACCAUGUGUUUGGUUCUAUAAAUUGUACAAACUAAUAGAGGAUACUCUCUUUCAUCCCUUGGUCCCAAAAGAACAUGUUCAUGUGAUCUGUGUUGUGUCUCUCACGUUGUUGGGUUUUCCUGAGUGUUGGCUUUUUUCUUGGAUCAAGUGCAAACCACGUUUGGAAUAGCUGUUUCUUGCUGUGUGAUCUUCUGGGGUUGUUUAAAAAAUGGAUUUUCUGUCGGCUGUGGCAGUUUUCUUUUAAAAAAGUUUUCUUCUUUGGGAAACUUGUGGUAAAGGACAAAUCUUUAAGCUCUUGUUUGGUUUUGGGGUGAUUGGGAGAUUUGUGUUAUGGGACAAGGAUGGCACAAGGGACUAAUUGCACGUCUCAAACAACUAUAUUGAGUGGUCGUUAUGCCAUGGAGGAUCAGAAUGGUGAUACUGUGGGGAAUUUAAAUCAAAAUAUUGGGAAACCUCCAAGGGAUCAUUCGGUUAUGCGCCAUUGCAGCAGCUCUUCAUGGUUGGCUGAAUCGGUUAGUAUAAUGAAAUCCCAUGUUGAAUCAAAUAUUGAUAUUAUUGGCUUGAAAUCAAGCACAGAAGAAAAAUCUGAGUUUUCACCUAUAUUGCGGUCUGGAAGCAGCUCUGAUAAAGGACCAAAGCAGUACAUGGAGGAUGAGUUCAUAUGUGCUGAUACUCUUCAUGAAUGUGUUGGUCCAAAAGAGGACCUUCCUUCUCCAGCAGCAUUGUAUGGGGUAUUCGAUGGACAUGGUGGUAUUGAUGCAGCAUCAUUCACCAGAAAGAACAUCCUUAAGUUUAUAAUCGAAGAUUCCAAUUUUCCAUCUGGCCUUAAGAAAGCUGUUAAGAGUGCAUUUGUGAAGGCUGAUCUUACAUUAAGAGAUGCUAGUGCUCUUGAUAGUUCUUCAGGCACCACCGCUCUAGUAGCCAUUGUGUUGGGAAGGGCCAUGCUAAUUGCCAAUGCUGGGGAUUCUCGUGCUGUAUUGAGCAAACGAGGAAGAGCCAUUGAACUUUCUAAAGACCAUAAACCAAAUUGCACUUCCGAAAGAUUAAGAAUUGAGAAACUGGGUGGUGUGAUCUAUGAUGGAUACCUCAAUGGCCAAUUAUCAGUGGCUCGUGCUCUUGGAGAUUGGCACAUAAAAGGUUCAAAGGGGUCUAAAAGUCCCUUAAGCUCUGAGCCUGAGCUGGAGGAGAUUGUGUUGACAGAAGAAGAUGAGUUUUUUAUAAUGGGUUGUGAUGGAUUAUGGGAUGUGAUGAGUAGCCAGUGUGCUGUUACAAUGGUGAGGAGGGAACUCAUGCAGCAUAAUGAUCCCACAACAUGUGCAAAGGCACUUGUUACUGAGGCCCUCCAACGCAACACAUGUGACAAUCUUACAGUUGUUGUGGUAUGUUUCUCUAAAGAUCCACCUCCUAAAAUUGAAAUUCCUAGAUCACAUAGGAGGAGGAGUAUUUCAGCUGAAGGCCUUGAUCUUCUCAAGGGUGUCUUGAAUGGGAGAUGAAUAAAACUUGUUAGUGAUUUGUACAGAUUGAGUUGAGUGUUCAUAAAAUAUGUGGGGAUUUUUCUGACUAACUGCUAUCCCUGCUGCUGCCUUUGAAGAUUGUUGUUUGCUUAAAUGUCAAUCAUAUAAUGUUUCACAACUUGAAUUUGGAAGUACCAAUCAGAUUCAGAGCCUUCUUCACUUGUAUUGUACUAUAUGAUUAUUACAAGAACUAUAUCACCCAGCUUCCUUUAGACAUUCUUUAGGCCUUGUAUACACAGCAAGCUUCUCAAGUCCAAUUUUUGAGAAACGGCUCGUCAAUAAGUCUCCUUCUGCCAGUUUUCUCAUUUUCUAUGGUGAGAAGGGAUACAAAUAUACAACAGAAACUUUCAUUCACAGGUGAAAAGAACUAUGAAGUAAAUGUUUUGUAUUUUUUUUUUCCUUUUAUUAAUUUAUCUUUUUCAUCUUUUUUGAGCCAUUGUAAAUUUGUAAGAAAUAUUCACCUUUUUAUUUA